UUUCAGUUACACCUAAUCCCCUGAAAACAAACAUUAUCCACCUAUACGAAAACCUCACCAUGUAACAAUGACAUCACUGCUUCAAUUCUCAUUCUCACCGGUUGCCGGACACCCGAGACGACGACGGCAGCAGCAGCGAAUUGUCGCCUCCGCCGACCGCCAAGCGCUUUUUAGCCGCAUCGCUCCUGUUUACGAUAACUUGAAUGACGUGUUGAGUUUGGGCCAACAUAGGAUUUGGAAGCGAAUGGCUGUUGAUUGGAGUGGGGCAAAAGAAGGGAGUAAUGUAUUGGAUUUGUGUUGUGGAAGUGGGGAUUUGGCAUUUCUUUUGUCUCCAAAGGUUGGAGUUGAUGGUCAGGUUACUGGCCUUGACUUUUCAAGAGAACAACUAGUCGUAGCUUCAUCUCGGCAGAAGAUGCAGUCAAAAGCCUGCUACCGCAACCUUAAGUGGGUAGAAGGUGAUGCACUUGAUUUGCCAUUUUCUGAUUGUUAUUUUGAUGCAAUUACGAUGGGCUAUGGGCUAAGAAAUGUAAUCGACAAAUAUAAGGCAUUGAAGGAGGUGUAUCGAGUUUUAAAACCAGGGUCGAAAGCAUCAAUCCUUGAUUUUAACAAAAGCACCGAUGAACUUAGGACAUCUAUUCAGGGUUGGAUGAUAGACAAUAUCGUUGUGCCUGUAGCAGCUGGUUAUGGUCUUGCAGAGGAAUAUCGAUACCUAAAGAGCUCAAUUCAAGAAUUUUUAACAGGUGAGGAGUUAGAGCAUCUCGCUUUGAAAGCAGGAUUUUCAAGUGCUAAACAUUUUGAAGUCGGGGGAGGACUCAUGGGAAACUUGGUUGCUACACGAUAAAGAAGCCCGCAAUAAUAAUUUGUACGAGGAGCAAAUAAUGGUUUUCAUCACAAAAUAAUUAAUAGGUCAAUUUGAUCAAACGGGUUGACAAGUAUUCAAAGACAUGCGUAUGUGUUACAAGUAUACAAUCCCAUAUCUUAUAAAUUAUAAUGUACAAAUCGUACGUAUGUGUUACAACUUACAAGUAUUCAAAGACAUGUUGACUACUUUUAAGAAAUCAAAAGCUUGUACUUUGUGUAA